AGGUUUGGUUUCCCAUUCUUUUCGUUACCCGCAAUCUUUCAUGUAAAUCUUCAAGAAAAAACCGGGAACAUUCCAGACCCAACUAGCUGGCUCGAACCUUCUCGAAUUCCCCUUCUUAAAAAAAAACGACUCCAUCAAAAAAGUAAACGCUCAAAACGCUGUCGUUUCACUUCAAAAAAUUUCAAAAAAAACCCACCAAAAAAACACGAACACUCUUCAAAAUCUAGAGAAGGGUAGAACACUCCAGAACCAUAAACACAUCCAACUCUCCUAUAUAAACCUCCCCCACUUUCUGUGUCUCCUCCAUCACAAAAUCUUCCAUUGUUAAUCGCAAGCAAAUCUCAAAGCAAUUCUCUAAAUCACAAUCAAUUUUCACUCUCCUUUAAAAAGCGAAUUUUCUAGGGUUUUUUCUUUGAAGGUUCAUCAAUGGCGGACGUAGCAAUGGGUGAAGCAGAGACAUUUGCAUUCCAGGCUGAAAUCAACCAGCUUCUGAGUCUUAUUAUCAAUACUUUUUACUCUAACAAGGAGAUCUUCCUUCGUGAACUCAUCUCCAAUUCUUCUGAUGCAUUGGAUAAGAUUAGAUUUGAGAGUUUGACUGAUAAGAGUAAGCUUGAUGCGCAACCAGAGUUGUUCAUCAGGCUUGUUCCUGACAAAGCUAACAAGACCCUUUCGAUUAUUGACAGUGGUAUCGGCAUGACUAAAGCAGACUUGGUGAACAACUUGGGUACCAUUGCCCGAUCCGGCACCAAGGAAUUCAUGGAGGCAUUGCAGGCUGGAGCAGAUGUCAGCAUGAUUGGGCAAUUCGGUGUUGGUUUCUACUCAGCUUACUUGGUUGCUGAAAAGGUCAUUGUGACCACCAAGCACAACGAUGACGAGCAGUACGUUUGGGAGUCUCAAGCUGGUGGUUCCUUCACUGUCACAAGGGACACUACUGGUGAACAGCUUGGAAGGGGUACUAAAAUCACCCUCUUCCUCAAGGAAGAUCAGUUGGAAUACUUGGAAGAGAGGAGGAUCAAGGAUCUUGUGAAGAAGCACUCUGAGUUUAUCAGCUACCCAAUUUACCUAUGGACUGAAAAGACUACAGAGAAGGAGAUCAGUGAUGAUGAGGAUGAAGAUGAGCCCAAGAAGGAAGAAGAGGGUGAGGUCGAAGAUGUCGAUGAGGAGAAGGAGAAAGACAAGAAAAAGAAGAAGAAGAUCAAGGAGGUGUCGCAUGAAUGGCAGUUGAUCAACAAGCAGAAGCCAAUCUGGCUUCGUAAGCCCGAGGAGAUUACCAAGGAAGAAUAUGCUUCCUUCUAUAAGAGUUUGACUAAUGACUGGGAAGAUCACCUUGCUGUCAAGCACUUCUCUGUUGAGGGGCAGCUUGAGUUUAAGGCUAUCCUCUUUGUUCCUAAGAGGGCUCCUUUUGAUCUCUUCGACACCCGGAAGAAGCCUAACAACAUUAAGCUCUAUGUCAGGAGGGUGUUCAUCAUGGAUAACUGUGAGGAGCUCAUUCCAGAGUACCUCAGCUUUGUUAAGGGUGUUGUUGACUCUGAUGACCUUCCACUCAACAUCUCACGUGAGAUGUUGCAACAAAACAAGAUCCUGAAGGUGAUCAGGAAGAAUUUGGUGAAGAAAUGUAUCGAGAUGUUCAAUGAAAUUGCAGAGAACAAGGAUGAUUACAACAAGUUCUAUGAGGCCUUUUCGAAGAACAUCAAGUUGGGUGUCCACGAGGAUAGCCAGAACAGGUCAAAGCUGGCUGAUCUUCUUCGAUACCACUCAACUAAGAGUGGUGAGGAGAUGACUAGCCUCAAGGACUAUGUCACAAGAAUGAAGGAAGGUCAGAAAGACAUCUACUACAUCACUGGAGAAAGCAAGAAGGCUGUUGAAAACUCCCCAUUUUUGGAGAAGCUCAAGAAGAGGGGCUAUGAAGUGCUGUACAUGGUUGAUGCCAUUGAUGAGUAUGCAGUUGGACAAUUGAAGGAGUAUGAAGGCAAGAAACUUGUUUGUGCUACCAAGGAAGGGUUGAAGCUCGACGAUGAGACCGAGGAAGAGAAGAAGAAACGUGAAGAAAAGAAGCAGUCAUUUGAGAACUUGUGCAAGGUGAUCAAGGACAUUUUGGGUGACAAGGUUGAGAAGGUUGUGGUGUCUGACAGAAUUGUUGAUUCUCCUUGCUGCUUGGUAACUGGUGAAUACGGCUGGAGUGCAAACAUGGAAAGAAUCAUGAAGGCGCAGGCUUUGAGGGACAGCAGCAUGGGUGCUUACAUGUCUAGCAAGAAGACUAUGGAAAUUAACCCUGACAACGGUAUUAUGGAGGAGCUCAGGAAGAGAGCCGAGGCUGAUAAGAACGACAAGUCGGUCAAGGACCUUGUCAUGCUGCUAUUUGAAACUGCUCUACUGACCUCUGGUUUCAGUCUUGAGGAUCCGAACACCUUCGCUGCUAGGAUCCACAGGAUGUUGAAACUCGGGUUGAGCAUUGAUGAGGAAGAGACUGAGGAUGCUGACAUGCCUGCUCUGGAGGAAGAUGCUGCUGAGGAGAGCAAGAUGGAGGAGGUUGAUUAAGCUGGUGAUUAUCUUACAGAUUUUUUCUACCAUUGUUGAUAAAGUGGAUAUAUUCUAGUCUGACAAAGGAAGUUAUGUUUUUAUUAGUACUAGUAGUAGUUAUUCCAAAGGCAGAGUUUUUGGUCUGGUGUCUUUAAGUGUCUUCUACUAUUGAGUCUGUUUGGUUUUCUAUGUUGAACUUGGUUGUGUUGCUCUAUCUGUAACUUGGUCAAGUUCAAUAAUCAAUAGUUAAAAUCUUUUGGUUAUUAA